AUUACACUGGCACGCACGAAAUAGAAAUAGAAAUAGAAACAGAAACGGCCAGCAGUCUUGUUGUUGUGUCGUGGUUAUGGCAAGUUGGGUGAGAUUAGGGCACACAGUUUCAAUUUAAUUAAUUAAUUAAUUUAUGAAUUGAUUGAUAUCAUCCUCUUCCUCAAACAAAAUUGAGAAGCAGCGGAGAUGUGAUAGAAUCCGAUAAUUGAAUUGAAUUGAAUUGAAUUUUGUGAUGUCGGAUCGUACGAAGGUGGUGAUUCGGCACUUGCCUCCAACAAUUACACAAGACUCUCUUUUGCCUUUAAUCGACUCUUCCUUCGCUGGUCGUUACAAUUGGUUCUCUUUUCAUCCUCCUAAAAUCACAAGCCACAACCAUACAUCUAGAGCUUACAUUGACUUCAAUACCCCUGAUGACGUUAUAGAUUUUGCUCACUUCUUCAAUGGUCAUUUAUUCCUCAAUCAAAAAGGAACACAUUUCAAAGUCACUGUUGAAUAUGCUCCUUCACAGCGUGUUCCAAACCACUCUUCUAAGAAGCCAGAAGACGCUCGCGAUGGUACCAUAUUUAAAGAUCCCGACUAUCUCCAAUUUCUUCAACAAAUUGCAAAGCCUGUCGAGAAUCUCCCUAGUGCUGAAAUACAGUUGGACAAAAGGGAAGCCGUACGGAAAGAUAUUCCUAUAGUCACACCACUUAUGGACUUUGUCCGCCACAAAAGAGCUACCAAGAAUGGACCUCGGCAGCAGCAGCAUAGAUCAUUGUCUAAUGGAAAAGUCACCAGAAGAUCUCUCACAACAUCAAAUGGAAGCUCUACUUCUGCCCCAUCUAGACGUGGUUACACAAAGAAUAGACUUUCCACCACAAUGUAUGUUGCAAGGGACCCAGGGAAAAGUUCAACUGUACAAGACAAAUCAACUUAUAUUUUGGUUCCUAGGCAAGGUGAUCAAAAUCCUUCAAAUAAAUCUUCAAAUACAGCUUCUUCAGAUGGAAACCAAACUUUUGAUGAGAAUGGAAUUGCUGGAAGUAAUGAUUCUGGGAAGAAGAAGUUACUGCUUCUUAAAGGGAAUGAAAGAGAAACAAUUACUGUAUCUGACUCAGAUAGCAUGUCACAACAUCAUACAUCUUCAACUAAAACAAUUCUCAGUUCUACAGCUCUUAAACAGAAUCAGCGGCAUGAAGGUAGGGGAAGGAUUAUCAAAAGCAUACUCACAAAUAAGGAUUUUCGACAAAGUCAGUCUUCCAGGGCCCAUUCUGAGCGGCAGAUCCAAACAUCUAAUCUAGAAAGAGAAAAACAAUCCACUCGCCCUGUACAUGUGCAAUUGAUUUUGAAGGGUACUGAUGGUGCGCCAGAGAAUAGGAUUACUGUGCAUGGUUUACACGUUUCUAGUGAGAGACAGGAGAGGCGUUUUAGACAUAAAGAUCGACCUGACCGUGGUGUUUGGACAAGUCGUUCCAAUGGAGGUGGUGAAUCUCUGUCAUCCUCAGCUUCUUCACAAGUAGAUCCUUUGGAAGGAGGUCAUACUGAGUUGAAACAUGACACACCAAGUGCAAGAAGUGGGGAGGUAAAAUCUCUUGGAAGUUUCCGUGCCAGUCAUUCAUCAGAAAAUGGUUUCAGUAAGCAUUUUGGUCGUCGUGGACCAAUAUAUGGGGUGAAGGAUGUUGAUGGCUAUUCGAUUUUGAGUGAGGGGAAGCAUCCUAGAAAAUCUAGUACCUCUGCUUAUGGUUCCAAUGAGAAACAAGUUUGGGUCCAAAAAGCAAGUUCUGGGACCUAGAGUAUUUAGAUUGUGCUAAGCUUGCUGACAUACAGUUUUGGAGCAUGCAUACAUUUGCUAGCGGCCGGAUUCUGUCUCUUUUUGGUUGACAGAUUCUUAUAACUGAAGGAGUUAGUGUGGUUAAAAGUUAAAACAAUUCUUUUACAAUACACGGGAGGAAAGUACUGUUAUGCUUUUGAUUUGGCUUAAAAUAUAUGGACAUAACUUCAUUGAAGAUGGCUGAGUUAGAAAGAGAAUUGAAAGCAGUGGAAUCACAUUGCGCGGUGUCUCAUUUUCAAGUUACCUGUUUGAAGAAUUAUGCAUAGAUCAUAGUCUGACAAGUUGUCUGGCUUUAUAUCUCAAGUAGUUUUAGUGUAAAUAUUGCUUCAAUAUAUACAAUCCCUUAUUAGCUAAGGGUAUUGGUAUCCUUAGUUUCUAUUUAUACAGUCAUAUUUUAGCUGUUUGCCAAAUACAAGUCAACGAACACUUCAUCGAUGAUGUAGCAGGCUUGUGUCUUCGGUUUUUUGUUGACAGCGAGGUUUCUUGUAGAGCUGAAAUGCCUUAGAUGGCGAUAUGGUGUGUUAUUAUUGUGUGGAUUUCAAUUUUCUAUAAAAUAUCAAUGUACAGUAUGGUGUUGCAUAUCUGAGAAUGUUGUUUGUUUAUUGAUUAUGUUA